CCAUCUCAUUUGCCACUCCCUGCGAAAACUAAGGCGUUACCGUCUUUUGGAACGGGAAAUCGCCGCUGUCGAUGAAGGGGAAACUUUAGCCGUUGUUGGAGGAGGCCGCCGUUGCCAUCGUUCGCCUGCAUCACGCCGUCGGAGCACAACGUGCGGAAGAGGUACCAUCGAUAUAGACACGGCUGUGUGGAUGAAAAAGACCAAAGCUUGACUGACGUGGGCAAAUUGAGAGGUCUAUCUUAGGGAGUGUGGAAUCGACUUCCAUCAAUUUUGACGGAACUGGGGUGGGGUUUGUGGAAGUGGGAUUGAAGCGCAUCAAACAAGCUCCUAAGUGGAUCCCAGGUCAAAUACAACAGUUGGAUACCAUUUAGCACCUCAUUGAACAUAAUCGAACCAGCUUGGUCUCCACUUCUUCUAGCUUUGUGCUGAGAGUGAUUGGAGUGUCCGGUUCUCUUGUCCGUUGUACUUCACUUCGCUUUAGUCAGCUUUAGGAUGCUUGCAGGUUCUACCACUGGAAGUUACUUGCAACUUAGGGUUGCCAAUUUUCCCAAAAGGUCUGGGAGGGGGAAAAUACAAUGUUCCAGACCUCAUUUCCGUGUGAAAUAUGAAGUUUCUUGCAAUUUUACCCAAUCAGAUAAUGAUCCAAGAUUACAAAAGGUACUUGUGAAAGAGCAACCUUCAGUUAAGAUGUGUGGCAUCACAUCAGCUAAAGAUGCAGCUAUGGCAGCCGAAGCUGGGGCUAAUUUUAUUGGAAUGAUCUUGUGGCCAAAAUCAAAACGUUCCAUCUCUCUUUCUGUGGCAAAGGAGAUCUCAAAAGUCGCAAGAGAAUAUGGAGCACGUCCUGUGGGUGUAUUUGUGGACGAUGAUGCAGAAACAAUAUUAAGAAUUUCUGAAGGAGCUAACCUUGAAUUCGUGCAGCUUCAUGGGCAUGGUUCUCGGGCAGCUUUUCCAUCUUUGAUUCAGGAAAAUCGUGUAAUAUAUGUUCUUCAUGCAAAUGAAGAGGGAAGCCUGUUAAACACAAUUUCUGAUGAACAAUGCUCUCUAGUUGAUUGGGUUCUUGUAGAUAGUGCAACGGGUGGCAGUGGCAAAGCAUUUGAUUGGGCAAAGUUUAAACCACCAACAAUUGGAAGCAAGCAUGGUUGGCUACUGGCAGGAGGGAUCAAUCCUGACAACGUAUCAGAGGCUUUAUCUGCUCUCAAGCCUCAAGGGGUCGAUGUUAGUAGUGGAAUUUGUGCAUCAGAUGGCAUCCAGAAGGAUCAAUCAAGAAUAACUUCCUUCAUGAAGGCGGUGCAUUCUGUUCAGUAUUAAUUAA